AUGUCUCCUUCCCACUUCUGGGCCAUCAUCUGCUCCAGACUGGACCAGAUCCUGGCCAUUGCUGCUACAGACACUGCCGAGGGAAUGGCUCUGCCACAAAGGAUUGUCUCUCCCCCAGAGAAGAUUUGCAUGGACUGGCAGCAAAGACAGAGACCUGGAGCAGGACUCUUCAACCUGGGCAAUACUUGCUACAUCAAUGUUAUCCUGCAGUGCCUGACAUACACACCCCCUCUGGCCAACUACCUGCUCUCUUAUGAGCACAGCCAGUCGUGUCAGCAGCAAGGCUUCUGCAUGAUGUGCACCAUGGAAGCACAUGUCAGGAAGGUCCUGUGCUCCUCAGCCAGUGCCAUCCUGCCCAGAGCUGUCCUCAGGGACCUCAAAUUCAUAGGAGAAGAGUUUGAAUAUGGCAGGCAGGAGAACGCCUACGAGUUCUUACGCUGUACUCUCAGUGCCAUGCACAGAGCUUGUCUGAGUGGAAGCAGCGACUUGGAUGUCUCUUCACAACAAACUACCAUUGUCCAUCAAAUAUUUGGGGGCUUCAAGAAAUAUACAGUCACGUGCUUGAGCUGCCAGGCAAUUGUUGAUUCCUACAAGUCCUUCCUGGAUGUCUCUUUGGAUAUCAGAGCAGCCUCAUCUCUCACCACAGCUCUGGAGGACUGUGUGACACCCAAGCAGCUGGAUCAGAAAGAGUGCUUCAGAUGUAGCAAGUGUAAGAAGAAAGCUGCUUCCUCCAAGAAGGUUACAAUCCAUCAUGCACCCAGAGUCCUCACACUGUGUCUGGAAAGGGCUGACCAAUGGACUGGCAGAAAGAUCAGCAAGUUUGUGGAGUAUCCUGAGCACUUGGAUCUUCGGCCAUACAUGUCUGACACAUCUGGAGAACCUGUCCUCUUCUCCUUAUAUGCCAUUGUGGUUCACACUGGGGACACCUGUCUUGAAGGACACUUUUUGUGCUACACAAAGGCCAGCAAUGGGCUGUGGUACAAGAUGGACGAUGAGUCUGUGGAGAACUGUGACAUCCACACAGUUCUAGGGCAGCAAGCUUACUUGCUGUUUUAUGCCAGCUGGAUCAUGAACAGCACCAACAACAGCAAUUUAACAGGAAGGAGGAGGAAGAGAACCAGUCCUUUAGGCCUCGACUGCACUCCCAGGAAUGCCACAGCUCUGGGGCACUCCAACAGGAUCUGCCAGCAGGUGUCUGUUGUGAAGAUCAUGAACUCUUACCAGUAUGUGUGGAGGUUUGAACAUUCCAGAGACGUUGUGACGUGGUCUUGUAAGAGUAAUUUACAGGGUGUUUCCUUCGUCAUAGGCUUUGAGGCAGCUGGUGGAAAUACCCUCUGUGUGAUGUUUGUGUGA